AUGCAAUCGGGUCAAGGAGGGGAGCGGGAGGCUAACAAGCCUUGCCAACUAAAAUUAGUCGAUCGUAUCAAAUACGGCACACGAUUUAAUUCCUGUGUUCAGUGGGAGCUGAUCAAGCAACGGGAAUAUGAUUAUCCUGCGGAAACACACAAGAUCCUGGCCAAGGAUGGCUUUGUGCUGACAGCUCACCGUAUUCCCAAGCAGGGUGGACAACCUGUUUUGAUGGUCCAUGGGCUUUUCGACAGUUCAAUAGCUUAUGUGGUUCUAGGCCCUAAGAAAUCCUUGGCAUUUCUGCUCAACGAUCUUGGCUAUGAUGUUUGGUUGCUUAACACCCGUGGAAAUCGGUAUUCCCGAAAGCACAAAAGAUUCCAUCGAUAUCAGCCACAGUUUUGGGACUUUUCUUUCCACGAACUGGGCAUAUAUGAUCUUCCUGCUGCCAUUGAUUAUAUCCUGGACAGGAGUAAGGGAUAUCAGCAAGUCCACUAUGUCGGACACUCGCAGGGCACAACCGCGUUCUUUGUUAUGGGAAGUGAGAGACGCAGUUAUAUGAAAAAAGUGAAGCUUAUGACGGCCUUGGCUCCUGUGGCCUAUUUUGACUUUAUUGAGAACCCGAUUGCUUUGACUUUUGCAAAGUACGUCCCAACCUUGGCACUUCUGGCCAAAACCUUUGGAAUUCACGAAUUUCCGCCGGAAAACGAAGUGUGGCGAAGGCUCAUUUAUCAACUAUGCAGCUUUGCUUUUCGAAAUACAUGCACUUAUUUUCUUUUUGAAUUAAUGGGGGUAGACUAUCAGCAGUACAACUCAAGUCUUACUCCACUUUUUCUGGGACACACUCCCGCAGGAUCUUCGACAAAGUCUGUAGAGCACUAUGCCCAACAGAUACACAGUGGAGGCUUCUACAAAUUCAAUUAUCAUAAUGUUUGGGAGAACCGACGACGACACGGAUCGGAUCUUCCGACACAAUACAAUGUGGCUUCCAUCGACUGUAAGGUAGCUCUGUAUUAUGGAAAAAAUGAUCGAUUUACGUCAGUCAAAGAUGUUCAACGACUACGAGAUGCUCUACCCAACGUGGUGCAUGAGAAUCUUCUUAAAAGCGAAAGGUACAAUCACAUUAAUUUUAUUUAUGGAAACGAUGUUAAAACUGUGCUCUAUGAUGAUGUGAUAGAGGUGAUGCGAAAAGUUGACAGUGGGGAGUUGUAG